AUGAAAUUGUUAUCAUUCCCGUUAUUGAUAUUCUCAGAAAUCGUUCGUUCGAUGGAGAUAAUGGAGAUAUUCGAAUUGUCUCAAGUGUCUCGUCGCACACUGAAUUGCCUGAAUCUAGCCAGAAUAUCGGUUGGAACGUUUCGUGGGGAAUAUGGGACAUUGUCGAAUGAGGAAUGUGAAUAUCUUUUGGAGAAGACUCAGCCAACCACUGGAAUUACAAUUUUCAGCAAAUUGAGUCCUGAUUUUGACUAUAAAAAGAUCCUUCACUUCUCCCGUCUUCGUGUACCAAAUCUAGGAAAGAUGCAUCUUGAAGACUUGAAGGCGUUAGAUAGUGAAAUAGCAAAUCUGGGGAAUCACCAGUACACAGAAACUGAUAUCAAUGAAUUCCUUCAUCAUUGGAUUAAAGGAAACAAUAGAAAAUUGAGACGUCUUAAAUUAGACGGAUUCAAAGAAGCUCCAGAUUGGGAUGUUCUUCUGAAGGAUAUCUCUUAUACGGAAUGGAAUCCAAAAGAGAGAGGAAGAUAUUACAAAUCUAAAUACACGCAUACAGAAGAAACUAUCGACUGUGAGAAUGGAUGGGAUUUCAGGAACAAGGAUGGACAACUGGCUACCGUAGUCUAUCAUUCGGAAUACCUAGAUUUUCUAAUUUGGCAUGCCAGAUUCCCAGAAUAA